AUGACGGACAAAACUGAACCAGACCCGGCACCUCAUGGCGCUCCGGCCGGACGACGAAGAGCCCCUACCAUCAACAUUGACACAACCCUCGUCAAUAGCGAUAGCAACGUUGUCGAGAUGACGCAAGAGUCCUCACAAUCGCAGUCGCAGUCGCAGACUCAACCUCAAACCACUUCGUCUCCUUCCCCUAACGAGGAUACCGCGAGCCCAUCGACCGCUGUCGAGCAGCCACCAUUUGGCUUCAGUAGCCAACAACGACCCGAACUUCACGCAGAAACAUCAUUCGAUAGCCGUGAGAGUCGGCCCACCAGUCCACACAAUGUUUCGAGCCCUGUAUUAUCGCGACCACAGGAUGGCGGAGCCGGCUUCUUGUCUGUGCCCAACAACCUACGUUCAAGGCAGAACUCUGUCGAUUCCGAGGAGGCAGCCAGAUCAGUGACUUCGCAUGGCGAUACCACGGUAGUUGCCUCCAGCUAUACUCAGACCGACAAGCUGAAAGCCUCUGGCAACGAAAAGAUUAUGAAGGAUGACAGGGCCUUGAACCCCGACACUGGAACCGAGGACGACUUCAAGGUCGACAAGAACCCAUUCGCCUUCUCCCCCGGACAAUUGAACAAAAUGUUCAAUCCCAAGAGUCUACCUGCAUUCUUUGCUCUCGGAGGUCUUCGCGGUCUCGAGAAGGGCCUUAGAUCGGAUCGCAAGUCCGGUUUAAGCCCUGACGAGACGUUCUUGGAGGGUGAAGUUACUUUCGAUCAAGCCACGUCCCAGAACGACAAGCUGGCCACCGAAGGCACCGGUACAGUCUCUGCCCACAGGACACAAACCAACAAAUCGCGGGGGAACGAAUCAUUUGCCGAUCGAUAUCGCGUCUUCCGAGAUAACCGCUUGCCAGUGAAAAAGGGAAAGAGCUUUCUGCAGCUCAUGUGGAUUACGUACAACGACAAGGUUUUAAUUCUCUUAUCCAUCGCCGCUGUAAUCAGUCUCGGUGUCGGUCUCUACCAAACUUUUGGACAACAGCAUGAACCAGGCGAGCCCGCCGUCGAAUGGGUAGAAGGUGUGGCUAUUAUUGUCGCCAUUGCCAUUGUCGUCAUCGUCGGAUCUCUCAAUGAUUAUUCUAAAGAACGCCAAUUCGCCAAGUUGAACAAGAAGAAGCAAGAUCGCAAUGUCAAAGUCGUACGCUCCGGUCAAACCACUGAAAUCUCGGUUUUUGACAUAAUGGUUGGAGAUGUGGUACACCUUGAACCUGGCGACUUGGUCCCUGUCGACGGCGUCCUCAUUGAUGGCUUCAAUGUCAAAUGCGAUGAGUCCCAGACCACCGGCGAGUCCGAUAUUAUUAGAAAGCGACCUGCCGAUGAAGUCUUUUCCGCCAUACAGAACCACGAAAGCUUGAAGAAGAUGGAUCCUUUUAUCCAGUCCGGCGCCCGCAUUAUGGAGGGAGUCGGAACGUACAUGUCCACGUCAACCGGUAUCUAUUCUUCAUACGGAAAAACGCUCAUGUCUUUGAAUGAGGAUCCUGAGAUGACACCCCUGCAGGCCAAACUCAAUGUUAUUGCUACGUACAUUGCGAAGCUUGGUGGUGCUGCCGGUCUCUUGUUGUUCCUGGUUCUUUUCAUCGAGUUCCUUGUUCGUCUGCCUAAACUUCCUGAUACUGUUACGCCCGCUCAAAAGGGCCAGGACUUUUUGGAAAUCUUCAUCGUGGUUGUGACCAUCAUUGUCGUUGCUGUUCCAGAAGGAUUGCCGCUGGCCGUGACUCUGGCAUUGGCUUUUGCGACAACUCGCAUGUUGAAAGACGCCAAUUUGGUUCGACAUCUCAAGGCUUGCGAGGUCAUGGGCAACGCGACAACCAUUUGCUCAGAUAAAACCGGAACUUUGACACAGAACAAGAUGCAGGUCGUGGCUGGCACUAUUGGUACAACACAUCGAUUUGGUUCCGCUCGUCCUGGCUCUCGAGGCAGCUCCGAAGACAGCGGUGAGGUGGAGACUGUAGCUGAGGUAUCUGCCGCAGAGCUCACCUCCAUGUUGAGUGCUCCGGUGAAGGAUCUGCUGCUGCAAUCUAUCGCCUUGAACUCUACAGCCUUUGAAGGUGAGGUAGAUGGCGAGAAGACCUUCAUUGGGUCCAAAACCGAAACCGCCCUCCUUAUUCUGGCUAGAGAAUACCUUGGUAUGGGGCCCGUCAGUGAAGAGCGCGAUAAUGCCACGACAUUGCAAAUCAUUCCCUUUGACUCUGGACGCAAAUGCAUGGGUAUUGUUGUCCAGCUCCCUAAAGGCGGUGCUCGGCUCUAUGUCAAGGGUGCUUCCGAAAUCUUGCUCGAGAAGUGCACCCAGAUGCUGCGUGACCCAUCCUCUGACGCCUCUGUCACCGCACUCGGUAAGGAAGACAAGCUUACAAUUGCCCGUCUCAUUGAGACGUACGCUUCCCGAUCCCUGCGAACUAUCGGCAUUUGCUACAAAGACUUUGAGGUUUGGCCGCCAAAGGGUGCUCGGCGUGGAGAAGGUGGCGGCAGCGACGUCGAGUUCGACGACAUCUUUCGAGACAUGUACUUCAUUGGCAUGGUUGGUAUUCAGGACCCCCUUCGAGAGGGUGUCUAUGAGUCUGUCAGGCUGUGCCAGAAGGCUGGUGUCGUUGUUCGCAUGGUUACCGGAGACAACAAACUCACUGCCCAAGCAAUUGCCAAGGAGUGCGGCAUUCUUCAGCGCGACAGCCUCGUUAUGGAAGGACCCGAGUUCCGUAACCUCAGCAAGCGUGAGCAAGAAGAGAUCAUCCCCCAACUCCACGUGCUUGCUCGUUCUAGCCCCGAAGACAAGCGUAUUCUUGUGAAGAGACUCAAGGAUAAGGGCGAAACGGUCGCUGUGACUGGUGAUGGCACAAAUGAUGCGCCUGCCCUCAAGAUGGCUGAUGUCGGUUUCUCCAUGGGAAUAGCAGGCACCGAAGUUGCUAAAGAAGCGUCAGCUAUCAUCCUCAUGGACGACAAUUUCGCUAGCAUUGUCAAGGCCCUCAAGUGGGGUCGGGCUGUCAACGAUGCCGUCAAACGAUUUCUCCAGUUUCAGCUCACAGUCAACAUUACUGCUGUUGUCUUGACGUUUGUGACGGCAGUUUCCAGUGACUCGCAGAAGUCGGUGCUGACGGCAGUCCAGCUUCUGUGGGUGAACUUGAUCAUGGACACGCUGGCGGCACUCGCCCUUGCUACGGAUCCCCCGCAGGAAAGUGUUCUGGACAGAAAGCCUGAGCCCAAGGGUUCGUCCAUCAUCUCCAUCACAAUGUGGAAGAUGAUUAUUGGACAGGCCCUCUACCAGCUCGGCAUCACAUUCCUCCUGUACUAUGGAAGCCCCAAGGGGAUUCUACCUCUCCCGGGCCCAGAUGAUAUUCCCGAUGCUCCUCAAAUCAACACGCUGGUCUUCAACACGUUUGUGUGGAUGCAAAUUUUCAACCAGUGGAAUAACCGGCGAUUGGACAACAAAUUCAACAUCUUUGAGGGCCUCAGUAGGAAUUGGUUUUUCAUUGGCAUCAGCAUCAUCAUGUGUGGUGGGCAAGUGCUCAUUAUCUUCUUUGGUGGUGCUGCUUUCCAAAUUGCCGACCAACCCAGCGAUAAGGCAAUCCAGGGAACGCUUUGGGCAAUUGCAAUUGUUCUUGGAUUCUUCUCAAUUCCUGUGGGCAUCAUCAUCCGACUGAUCCCCGACUGGAUCAUUUUAGCCGUGGUACCAGACUUCCUUAAGAGAAGGGCACACCGUGUUCCCGGAUUGACGAUUUCAGACGAGGAGAUGGACAUGUACCCAGAGCCGCUCGCGGAUGUGCGGGAUGAACUCAAUUUCCUCAAGCGGAUGAAGGGAGGGCGACUGAACAACCUGAAGUUUGCCAUCCAGCACCCCAAGGAAACCAUUAUGCAGCGAUCACGCAGCCCAUCGCACUCGAGAUCCAACUCGAUGCAUGGGCCUCAAACACCAACGCGAGAGGACAGUUUCGGGUCGCCAUUUGCGACGCCUGAAUCUCGGGCACGAUCAAGGUCGAACCGAUCUCGAUCCAACUCUGCGCUCGGUGCUCCCACCGUCAUGGCGGGCAUCGUGGCUGCCGGUGUUGCGGCGGGAUGGUCACCAAUGGGCCGAGUAUCUGCAGAGGAAAAACCAGAGGGGACAAAUAACGGCAACAACGGAAACAACGUGGAGGAAAAGCGAAACGAGGGAGGAGAUACCAGCGACUCACGCAAACAGGAGUAG